AUGCAUGAAUUCCACUGCGCUGCAUAUUCCAUUGAAUGCCCUCCAGUAUCAAGGGAGAGAGGAACAGCAGAGGCUGCUGCAGAAAUUGCACGAACUGCUGCACGGUCAUGGCUUGCUCCUCUCCUUGAUACUGCUUGUGAUCGGCUUGCUGUUUUAGGCAAUCUUUUUGACAUUGCUCUAGAGAGGAACCGCAGCUGGGAAUCAGAGUAUUGUAGGAAAGCUGGAGACAUGGACGGUUAUGUUGGGUUUCAUGCAGCUUUAAGACAUGCAUACAAUCGCUUCAUAAAGGGUUUGGCUAAACAGUGCAAGCAACUAGUUAAGAACCAUCUUGAUUCAGUCACAAGCCCAUAUUCUCAGGUUUUUUAUGAGAAUGACUUUCAAGGAGGCUUUGGCUCAAGUGCAAGCUCAUAUUUCAAGCAUAACCAAAUUUCGGCCAGUUCAUUUUGGCUUGAGCUAUCCGAUGAUGGGCAAGUAUCGCAUGAUGAGACGAUGAGGGAUCAAGAGAACAUCCUCCUGAAAACAAUGCACGGAAAGCCACUCCAGGAAAAGGCACAGAAGCUCGAGAAGUCCUCCGAGAAAGCCAAAUGA